AAACCCCAGGCAGAGCUUGAGCGCGCACAAGGGUCCUCAUUCUGCCCACCCAACAACGUGUGUUUUUCACCGGAGGGAACGUUCCGGAAAGCCUUGGAACACAAGAGAAGCGCCCGCAAGCCCGGAUUGCUCUCGUGAAUGCUCUCGCACUCCCGAUUUUGGGUUGGGUUGGGUUGCGUUGUUGGGAUGGAUGCUGCACGGCCAGCUGUCUCCCGAAUUGCUUGGGAUGCUGUAUUGUGCUGAAUGCUGUUGUGUGUUGUGCAAGUCCGCCCCGUGUCGUCGUCGUCAUCGUCGUGCCUAGCUUGGGAGGCUCAUCGCAUUCUCCGGGUUGUGGCAAAUUUGGAAGCCCAGUUCUUUUCAGUCGGAGCGCUGACGUCACUUAGGGUAUAUCCGCAGUCGGAGUUUUCCCCAGUUUCGAGUGGUUAGUGGUUGGACUGUUCUGUACGGUGGAUCCUCUGAUUUGGGAGGAAGGUUUGGAGUUUUGUACUUCCAAUAGGUGUGCUGAUUCUUACUGGGAACUUGCUGGUGCUGGUGCCGUGUGAUUCUGAUCCAAGGAAGUGGUUCCGAGGUUCGGCUGGUGGCCUUGCUGGAUUGGAAGUUCCCACCACCGGAAGUGUGGCGGAUUGUGUUGUGAUUGUUGGAAGUACAGAAGGAUUCGGAAUUCCAGAAGAGAGCUGCCGUGUCAAGUUUGUCAAUAGCAAUUUUCUGCGGAACGUUGAACGGUGCGAAAAUUUUCGGGGGCCCACCUCGCUCACCCAGUGGAACGCUUCAGUAGAAGAGCGACGUGAGAACGAGUGUGUGAAGAUGGAAAAUUGAUUUCAAUAACUUACAUCUGUGCGCCACCGUUUGGACAACUGGAUUGUGACAGAAGCAGCCGUCGAGAAGGACGACUCCGUUGAGGGGUGACCUCACGCCGCUGUUGGGCCCCGGAGGAAAAGUGGAUUCGGUAGAACUGGUGAACUGUGACUGAGAAAAAGUGUGGAAAAGUGCGGGAAAAAGGAGGGACGUUGGAACCGCUGGAAAAAAAGCAAUGCAAUUUUGAUUGGAACAGGUGUCGUCGGUUGCAGGAACAGCUGAACGGAUAAAAGUGAUAUUGAUUUGAAAACUUUCGAAACCGGAGAAAAGAAUCGGUGUUUGGGAGUGUUCUUCGGCAAGUUUAGCACCUGCAACUGCGAACCGGAAGAAAAAGUGUGUCGACCCGAGUGAAUUCGAUUAACGCCCCCAGGAAACGAAGCCCCCUGGCAUUUGGUGUUAGUAAAUUAGGUGGAAAAAGCUGUGCCAAAUCCAAUCAAUUUCGAGAGCCAAGCGGGCAAGUUAGGGCGUGACGAGCCGAAGAAUCAUAGGUGACAUGGCGGAAGAUUGUGAUAAGGCUCCCGUUACCAACAAGGGAGGCGAUGUGGAGAAGGCCGGCAGCAAGCAGGCCAGUCCUGCUCCGCAACAGAAGGCUGCUGGAGGGGCAGCCGCUGCGGCAGCAUCGCCCAAUAAGGCCGCUGGAACAGGUGAACCCACCGAUGAGCAGCCUUUCGUGUCCAAAGAUGGAAAAGUCGGUGCUAACCUGUAUCUAUACUCGGAGGAAAUCCAGGAACGACCACAAAUCACCACGCUCAUUUCGUCCCUGGCAAACUACUCCAACACGAUACCGGCCGCAACGGAUCCGGAUGCGAAACCUGCCCAGCCCUCGGCCCGAAUGGGCACACUAAUCGGUGUCUUUCUGCCGUGUAUACAGAAUAUUUUCGGUGUAAUUUUGUUCAUCCGUUUAACAUGGGUAGUCGGUACGGCCGGAGCUAUAUUUGGGUUUUUAAUUGUAUUAUGUUGUUGUUGCGUGACUAUGUUAACUGCCAUUUCGAUGUCUGCGAUUGCCACGAACGGGGUGGUACCUGCGGGCGGGAGCUAUUUCAUGAUAUCGAGAUCGCUCGGGCCCGAGUUUGGUGGCGCUGUCGGGAUGUUGUUCUACACGGGAACGACACUGGCCGCCGCCAUGUACAUCGUCGGUGCGGUUGAAAUCGUGCUGACAUACAUGGCCCCGUGGUUAUCGAUAUUUGGAGACUUCACGAAAGACGCCUCUGCGAUGUACAACAAUUUCCGAGUUUAUGGCACGGGUCUGCUCUGCGUAAUGGGUCUGAUCGUGUAUUUGGGAGUUAAAUUCGUGAACAAGUUCGCAACGGUUGCGCUGGCCUGUGUCAUAUUCUCCAUCAUUGCGGUGUACGCCGGUAUCUUCAAUAACAUCGAUGGCAACGAUAAACUAUUCAUGUGCGUUCUUGGAAAGCGUCUUCUGCGCGAUAUUGCCGUCGACAACUGCACCAAGGAAGUGGGCGGUCCGCUGUACAACACAUUCUGCGAAGGCGGCGAGUGUGAUCCAUACUUUACAGAACACAACGUGUCACUGGUGCGAGGUAUCAAGGGACUCAAGAGUGGCGUGUUUUUCGACAACAUUUUUCCCUCAUUUUUACAAGAAGGACAAUUCAUCGCAUACGGUUUGGAUCCGGAGCACAUUGAGCCGCUGGACAGGCCUAGCUUCAACCAGGUCUACGCUGAUUGCACCACUGCGUUCACGAUAUUGAUCGGCAUUUUCUUCCCAUCGGUGACAGGUAUCAUGGCCGGAUCCAAUCGUUCCGGUGAUUUGGCCGACGCACAAAAGAGUAUUCCCAUCGGUACGAUUGGUGCCAUCCUGACCACCUCCACCGUAUACCUAUCCUGUGUGAUGCUGUUCGCCGGCACGGUCGACAAUUUACUACUGCGAGACAAAUUCGGUCAAUCGAUAGGAGGGAAGCUCGUGGUGGCAAACAUGGCCUGGCCAAACCAGUGGGUCAUCCUGAUUGGAUCGUUCCUGUCCACCCUCGGCGCCGGACUGCAAAGUUUAACGGGUGCUCCGCGUCUGCUGCAGGCCAUCGCCCGGGACGGUAUCAUACCGUUCCUCGAGCCGUUUGCCGUGUCGUCAAAGCGUGGCGAACCGACCCGUGCCCUCAUCCUGACGCUGCUCAUCUGCCAGAGCGGUAUCCUGCUCGGUAACGUCGAUCUGCUCGCUCCGCUGCUGUCCAUGUUCUUCCUGAUGUGCUACGGAUUCGUGAAUCUGGCCUGUGCCGUCCAGACACUGCUACGGACGCCCAACUGGCGACCGCGCUUCAAGUUCUACCAUUGGUCACUAUCACUGAUUGGUCUAACGCUGUGCAUGUCGAUUAUGUUCAUGACAUCGUGGUACUUUGCCCUGAUUGCGAUGGGAAUGGCGGUGCUGAUCUACAAGUACAUCGAAUACCGAGGAGCCGAGAAGGAAUGGGGCGACGGUAUCCGGGGUAUUGCCCUGUCGGCCGCCCGCUACUCGCUGCUCCGGCUAGAGGAAGGCCCACCGCACACCAAGAACUGGCGCCCGCAGAUCCUGAUGCUGUCCAAGCUGAACGACGAUUACACGCCCAAGUAUCGCAAGCUGUUCUCGCUGGUGUCGCAGCUUAAAGCCGGCAAAGGUCUGGUGGUGGUCGUUUCGCUAAUACAGGGCGAUUUCACCAAACGAGCCGGCGAAGCGGCAGCUGCCAAGCAGAGCCUUCGCAAGCUGAUGGAGGACGAAAAGGUGAAAGGAUUCUGCGACGUGAUGGUCGCGUCCAACGUGGCCGACGGAUUGUCUCAUGUCGUUCAAACGAUUGGUCUCGGUGGCAUGAAGCCGAACACGGUGAUUCUGGGUUGGCCGUACGGAUGGCGCCAGAGUGAAGACGAUCGCACGUGGCAUGUGUUCUUGCAGACCGUACGGAACGUCAGUGCCGCCCGGAUGGCCCUGCUGGUCCCGAAGGGCAUCAACUUCUUCCCGACGUCGCAGGAUAAGAUCUCCGGUAACAUCGACAUCUGGUGGAUCGUGCACGACGGUGGCCUGCUGAUGCUGUUGCCGUUCCUGCUCAAGCAGCACCGCUCCUGGAAGAACUGCAAGAUGCGCAUCUUUACCGUGGCCCAGAUGGAGGACAACUCGAUCCAGAUCAAGAAGGACUUGAAGAUGUUCCUGUACCAUCUGCGAAUCGAAGCCGAAGUGGAGGUCGUUGAAAUGAUGGAUAGCGAUAUCUCGGCGUACACCUACGAGCGAACCCUGAUGAUGGAACAGCGCAACCAGAUGCUCCGGAAGUUGCGGCUCAACAAACGCGAAAAGGAGAAUGUCGUGGAAAAUAUAGUGGACUUUAAUCAAGGUGCCGCCAACGGAGAGGACCGAACACCCCUGAACUCAAAAGAAGAAGAACUCAAGGAAUUCGUUUUCAGUACGGUGCAAGCAAUCGUGGAUCACCAUCACCACAUCGAGAACAACACCAAGACGGCAUCGAAGGUCCGGUUUGCCGAUCCAUCCGAGAACAAGGACAUCUUCAACGACGACGAUCGUGAGGAAAAGCAUGAGACUGAAUCCGAGAAGGACAAGGACACCAAAGAGAGUGAGAACGACAAAGAUGCAAACAAUGAAAAUUCCGAGAAGAAGGAACAACAGCAAUCCCCGCAGCCACCGGUGGCCAACAAUGUGGCCUCGCCCGGAAAGGACAGCAAGAAGAGCGCCGCCGGGGAUGAAACGCCCAAAUCGCCUAGUAAAGCUAAUUAUAAGCCUGAUGAAGGCAACGUGAGACGAAUGCACACGGCUGUGAAACUCAACGAGGUUAUAGUCAACAAGUCGCACGACGCUCAGCUGGUCAUACUGAACCUGCCCGGCCCACCGAAGGAAACCCAUAUGGAGCGGGAAAGCAACUACAUGGAAUUCCUGGAAGUCCUCACCGAAGGUCUAGAACGAGUGCUGAUGGUGCGAGGAGGCGGACGAGAGGUCAUCACCAUCUACUCUUAAGAAGAGCUCCGCAUCGAACCGCCAUCCCUCCUUUCUCCUCUGCCAGCCGGAUUCCGGUCGGCGAGGGAUAGAAAUUCACCCACGGCUGCUAGAUCCGAGGGUCUUAAAUACGCUUCAAACAACGUCGUCGUCGUCGUCGUGAUCGUCAUCGUCGCCGUCGUCGUCGAAACAUACACACAUACACGAACUUUCAAACAAACAAUAAACACACACAAACAUAAACGAACACACACACACCCAGAAUACUUUUCAACAACACACGAGACAAGACACAGAAUCGCGAAGUCACACAUACAAUAACAUGUUUCUACACUCGAAAACAAAAACCAACAACAGAAAAGCAAAAGUUAAGAAACCAAAAAAAACAAAACUAGAAAUUAUAGUCAAACUGUGAAUUCUAAUAGUGUUAGGUUAUAGUGUCGGGAAUAAGAAAAGAAAAAUGCUAAUUAUUAGUAAAAGUUAUCAAACUUUUAAAAGAGAACGUACGUAUCGCGAUAGGAUUUAGCAAACAAAUAAAAUUCUAGUAGAAUACAAAUUCAAAAGAUGCUAAGCAACAGCAAUUAGCAACGUGACAUGCUUCCAUUCAGAAUGGAGGUUGCACGAUUUAAAUCGAAAUGUAAGUCUAUUUGUAUGCUAGGGAAGAAUCGUUUUCACGAGUCUAAGUGAAAAAAAUGUAUCGAAAAAAUGCGAAGGAGACAUAAUGUGUUCUGCUUUUUAUUUUAAUAAUUUAGCCCAAUUGUGAAAUGGAAGCGUAGAACAUUUUCAUAUGUGCAACAACAACACAUACACAGUAACACGAGAACACACACUCACUCAAUUUAAAAUAGCAGAGAAUGAAAUGUUAGUUUUUAUGAAGCUUGAAAAGUUAAUUAGACUUUAUGUUAAUUCGAACUGUAUGCACACUAGAAGCAAAACAACCAAAAUACAAUAACAGCAACACGCAAUCAAAUGGAAAAAGUCAAACCAAACAAUUCAAACUGGAAAUGUCUAUUGGCAGCAACAGUGCAGUAUCGUGAGAACAAAAUCUGACCCAAACAGCCAUAUAUUUUUCUAUACUUUGCCCACCUAUUUUUGUACACACUAGCCUACUACGUGAAAUUUCCCAACAACACCGGAAUGAGGUUCGAAACUUCGAAUUAGAAGGCAAUGGCGAACGAAACAGUAGGCUUCGAUAUUCGUUUUUCAAAUUCAUUAGAAAAAAAUGCACGAAACACAAUAAGUAUUAAUUUACAACACAAAAAUCAUUUCGCUUAGAUCAGUUUGUUAGUUGACAAAGUGUAUUUCAAACAAACGUUUGUAUGUGUGCCAUCGUUUCCUCCGCGAACGCAGUAGAACAAUAGAGCGUGAUCGUCUCUCGCGGGGAUAUUGUGGAACAUUUUGUACCACCUAUACCUAGCUGUUUAUAAACAUACACAAACACACAGAUACAUACACGUUGCUAGGGUGACGAUCGUUGUCAUCGUCUGACAUGUGAUUGAUUUCAUUGCGUAUUUGAUUUUUAUCUUUGUUUAUAUUUAGAUUUCAUUUAAAAUUAUAUCUUCUUUAAUUUCCUUCCUAGUAUUAUUAGCUCCAUAAAAUGGUGAACAUUGUGCCAGGUGAACAAAUUCGAAACAGUAGAGAACAAGUGUAGUGUUAUGGUUUACGUUAUCAAUUGGUUCGUGUUUUGGUUUUGGUUUAUUUAGAACUUUAAAGAACUUCCUUCUUCUGUUGGAUUUGGUCGCUGUUUUAAUUAUCCGUGGUUAUUAUUAAAGGAUGGAAUUGGACCAUUUGGGUGCAGUGUACCGACUACAAGCUACAACCCUUAUUGUGUUAGGUGCUGAGUCUUCGGUUACUCCACGUCAUGAUACAUCUGUCCGGAAAAAGGCAAAACAUUUAUGUCGAGUCUAGUGGAGACGUCGGGUAAAUUUGAUCGGGGAAACAAGAACAUAAUAAUACUGAUAUUAUCGUCUAGAUGGUUUUGAUGAGUCUUAAAAUUUGCAACUUAUUUGUCUUGAGAGUAAGAUUACAUUGAAGAAUUUUGCUUUGGCAAAGUUAACUAGGAAGUCACAAGUUAUUUAAUGACAAGACUUCAUAUGCCAAGUGAUGCUUGUAGGACUGAGUGCAAAAGUGUUCAUCUAAUCUAAUCUAAUCUAACUUAAUACAUACGCAGCCAGUACAAGAAAGCAUCCUGGAAAAUAAUCAGGUUAGAUUACGCCUGAUCAUUUUUCUUGUCAAUAUUGAAGCUUGUGGCAUAUUGAGAAUAUGACACAAGCGUCAAAGCGGCCAGGCCUACUGCGCAGUAUUUACCGCAAAGAUGAUUCUUGGAAAUGCUUCGACUUCUACAUUUUAUUACAUUUUGUGUCGAAACAAUUCUAGAAUCUACAGGGGUGGAAGGAUGCGUGGACAUACCGUACCAAACGCUCCAUAAUGUAAGAAAUUGAAUAUAAUUGAAGUAUAAUUAUUAUAGCAAAGGUAGUUAAGAUUCAAAAUAAUUAUAAUAUAUGUUGGAAAGAUCUCACCAAUCUGUUGAAUAAUGCUCGUUGUCCAAUGGUAUGCUUGACGAACUUCCAAGCAACGUAGAAGUUAAAACGUAUGAGAGAAUCACUUCACAGAACCGAUAUUUUCGUAGUCAUAAAGUAAUUGGAAGGUACGCUGAAACCUUCAAAUGGUCGCCCGAAAAUCUAAAAUGCACUCCGAUAUAAAAACGUCACGCGAAGAGAAAAAUGGACCACACGACACCACCUUUUUUUGGUUUUCUCGAAAUUUGUAAAUUCACAAUCUUAUUUCUGUUGAAACUGGCACUGAAACUAAUUUCAUUGGGCGGGGUUUUUUGCCGGGUGGCAUAGUACCGUCAUCCGAUUGACCAGCAGAUGCGCGAGAAAUUCUCUUUUGGACGGCUCUUUCAAAACGCCCCUGAAUCACUGAAACCGGUAAUUUAACACCGCUCGGAUCAUUUUUCGCACUUGCCUACAUGGCUAGUACAUAGAAUCACUCGCGAAAUCACAAUCCGUGGGGCGUAGUGCCGGUCAAACAACCCGCGGAACGGUGAAAAUCGAUAGCAGGAAAACAAAAUAACGUGACGAGCAAUUGAAAACACGUCCGCGCGCGGCAACGACUACUGCGAUCCUCUAGGACUGAGUGCAAAAGUGUUCAGGAGAUAAACAACUAUCCUAUGAAGAUCAUACUGGUUCUGGAUUUGUCCACCAGGUGGACGCUGAUACAUCUCAAAAAAGCUCCUGUAGUUCGCGAUUCACACCGAUUGAAAGUUGACGUCAAAGGUUAUGCGAUGGUAGACAGAUUGAUGCUGAAUUUGUUCGAUAGGGUUGCUCAGAUGAGUGUUGUCAAUUUGAAACUUCUGUAUCUUGAGACUCAGACGGGUUCUGACUACAUAUGAGAAUUUCGUCUUCGACAAGGACUGAUUCAUUCUGGGAUCGAAUAUACUAUGUGACGCAAGUGAGACUCAAUAAUUUUGAACUUGUGAGUCUUGUGAGUUCUUCUUUUACAAAGUUCAUCAGUAGUAGUAGAUCACGGGGUAUCUUAUGUAGGUCUCGUCUCAUAAUACAGAUACUGAAUUUUUUCUCUAAGUGACGUUAGAACGUCCUAAAUUUAAAGGAAAGUUGAUCAGAGUAUUAAGGCCUAUCUGAUGAUAAGCUUGUUAAGCGACUUGAAAAAUUGAAAAAUAAUCUGCAUUUCAAGAUUCGGAGAACAUAGAAGAAUUUCCCAUCUAGUGUUGCUGGUUCCAACACUGUUUUACCACCGUAUUAACAGUGUUGAUGACACAUUCUACCGUGACGUUACAACGUUUUGACGCCUUUUCUGUCAGAUUUUCCCCUGUAACUCGUAAAUUCAAGCGUAAACCCUCAAAUAUUUUUGCAUAUUUGGAUUCCUUGUAAAAUUUCCAAUCACUUUAUUCUGUUUAGCAGUUAGUUUUCAUCGGAAAAGUAUGUUAAAAAUGGAAAUUAGAAGCGUGACAUUACAACGUUGUAACGUCACGCUACUCAUUCCCAUUUUUAACAUAUUUUCCCAAUGAAAACUAUCUGUUCAACAGAUCAUACUUAUUGGGAAUUUUGCAAGGAAUCCGAAUAUGUAAAAAUAUUUGAGGGUUCACGAACGAAUUUACGAGUUACAGUGGAAAAUCUGGCAGAAAAGGUGUCAAAACGUUGUAACGUCAUGGUAGAAUGUGUCUGAUACAUUAUUGUUAAUGUGUUGAUAUUGUUCCUUGAUAUGCUCCCGUUGUUAUCGAUCAGCAAAUCUUCGCAGUUCUAGACGGCCAUCUGUGCCACCAUUGUUUGGUUUUUAGAUGGAUAGACUUUCCAGUCAGCUACAUAAAAUCUCUGCAUAUCGUUCCGAUCAAUGCAGUAUAAAAAUAGAAUGGUUGGAAUAAAAGUAGCGAACUUUACAACUUGUAAUAUCUACUCAGAAGAAUUAAAAACUUUACUGUGCGUUACUUUACUACGUAUGUGUAGUAGAGAACUGUCAAAACAAAUAGUUCUCCCGUAGUGCUAACGAUUUUGCCAAGAUGCUGCGAAUUCCAUGUGGACACGGAUGAGUCUGGAAGUUAAAAUCCAUCAUCAUAUUCCUUCUCAAGGAUAUCUACAGAUAUUCCAUCAGGGAUUCUUUCUACAACUUCUUUAAAAAAAACAUCUUGAAAGGCCUUUCAAGAUAUUCAAGAUAGAUUCCUUCCGUAUUUGUUCACUGCGGUAUUCCUUCUUGAGAUUGUUCCGGAUUCAUACCGGCAUUUUUCCAAGAUUCCAACCAUUCUUUCCGGGAUUCCUCCUUGAGAAUCUUCCAGGAUUCCAGAAUUCCGACCAAUUUCUCCUGGCGUAUUUCGCAGGGAUCCUACAUUUCUUACCAGAAUUCCUUUCAGAAGUUUUCCCGGUAUUGCUCCCGAUUGCCUCUGGGAAUUAUCCUCAGAGUUCCUUUUGUUUUAUCUAAAGAAAUGCACAUGGGAUGUUCCACAAGAUUUAUACCGGUAUCUCCAAAGGACGUAAAAACUUGAAGCAUUUGAACGCAAAGUAUGUUUAAUUGACAUAUUGAGAGAUAAAUUUCUGAAAAAAAAACUUUUUUUUGUGGAAUUCGAACCCACGACUCCGUAUCGCUAGUUCAACUAAGCCACAGAACAAGUCACGAAUCUGUGGAUUAGAAAGUCAAACUGCAAUCGAAGCACGAGCGCGGGAGAUUAACAUCUUAGAGCCGAAGGAGAGAUAAAGUUGUGAGAGACGGACUCGGUUAGGGUGGUUCUUUGAAUCCAGUUUGACAGUAGUUAUUCCCGAGAUAUUUUCCCUUGUAAUUUCUUUAAGAAUUUUCCGUGAGCUUUCUUCUAGAGUUUCUCCCGGGAUUUUCACAUAUGGGAUAUGCCUUAAAGUUUCUUAAAGGUUCGCCGGGAUUUAUCUUGAAACUUCAGUUGAGAUUGUCCCUUGACUUCUCUUAAGAAACUCCUUCCAAUGUUGCUCCUGGGAUGUCCCUCAGAAUAUUUGUGGAUUUAUCCUGGACUUUCUCCCAAGAUUUCUUCCUAGGUUUCUUUCGGAGUUUAUUUUGGAAUAUCUGCUAAAGAUAUGUAUUGUUGAUAUUUCUCAUAAAGUUCUUCUUGCGAUUUCUUGCAGAAGGUUUUCCGGGCAAUUUCUCGUAGUGGUUCACAGGAUUUCAUGCAGUGAUCCUCCUGGGAUUAUUUUUUAGAGAUUUUCCCGGGUUUACUCCCAGAGUUCUUACCCAAAUUCCUACCGUAAAUUGUCCCGACACUUAGGAUUUUCUUUUUGGAACUUCUGCAACAAUUGCUCCCGGAGUUCUUGCAGGAAUUUCGUAGAGUUUUUCUCGCAGAUACCUAUUGAGAUCAAAGAAAGACUUUUUGUAGCGAGAAGCUGUGCGUGUAAUACUGAAAACUAGCUGGGGUGCGAACAAUCAAAAAUCAUGAGGAACAGGAGGCAAAGUUGAGGGCGAUAGGAUGAGGCAGGAACGAGUUUCCAGGAGCUUUUCUCGCAGAUACCUAUUGAGAUGAUGAAACGAAGUUUCUUGUGUAAAAAUUCCAGGUUAGCUAUUGGAAAAAUCUUGACAUGAACUUCGAUAGAAGUUCUGAAAGAAAAUGGGAAAAAUAUGAGAGUAAUUCCGAGAAAAAAUAUUAGGAGAAUUCAAGGAGGAACUCUGAAUCCCUCUAAGAUAAAUCCCGGAAGGAAAUCCAACACUAAUCACGGAAAAUCCCAUGGAAAAUUGCUAAAAUCCCAGAAAAAUCAGUAAGAAGCCAUUCCAAAAAACCACUAGAAUAAAUUCUUGAAUAAUUUGGAAAGAAUCUUCGAAAGGAAUCCAAUGUGAAAUUCUGGAAGCGUAUCGGGAAAAUCUCCUAAAUAAAUCCUGGGAGAUACUCCUGUAGAAAUCCUGGCAUGAACUAUGGCAGAAAUCCCAGACACAAAUGAACUCUGAGAAACCCCGGAAGAAAUAGCGGAAAAAUCUCAGAAGGAACUCUGGGAGUAAAUCAAGAAAAAAAAAGACUUGGAUGCAAUCUUGGGAUAAAUAUCCAGUGAAAAACCUUAAAUUCAAGAAAGAAGAGAAGAGACGAACCAGCUCAGGGCUGAAAGUCUUAAAAAUAAAGGAAAAAAAAUGAAAGAAAAUACAGGAGGAAUUCUGUGAGAUAUUGCCAAAGAAUUCAAAGAAAAAUAUGGCGGUAUAAAUUCAAGGAUCCGCUAGGAGUUCAAGCGAGAAUCUUGGAUACAAUUCGGAGAGAAAUCCUAAAAGUAGUUUUGGAAUUUUUAUGGUUACAAGAAUUCUGUAUAGAUUAUCAAGGAGUUUUUAAACAAAUCUCUUAUGGAAUUCAUAAAUCCAGAAAACCUGAUACCUGAUAAGCAGUAUUUGUCCCAGUUUGAAUGUUACGCCAAGACGAGGAGAGAAAGUAACAAAAAUUCGGAUAAGAUGGUGCUUUAAGAGCUAAGCAGCUUGUUAGAGGUUGAUCUGAAGUAUUGUAAGCAGCUUAAAUUAAUCCAGGAGCGGUCACGUCUUUGACCACCUCCUGCGAAAGCACGCAUACGCUGUACACUACAAGCAUGUGUUUUUCAUGGUGCAUGUACUCAGUACACGAGGCGACUGCUCCCAGGUUAACAUACUAACAAUAAAUCUUGCUGAAACUGCUGUGCAAACUUCUGACUAGGUUCAGUGUGUACUUUUUAAGCAGCUGGAAAGCUGAAUAGUGUACUUAUUUUUCGGAACCCAAUAACGUUCAUGAGCAUACUCUAGCUGCUUUAGAACUUUUUGUAUUAUGUGAAGGAAGGUUGCUUAAUGAAAUGCUUGGCGUUAUACUCAUCAGAUCAGAUCUUUGAGAAAUACCCUUAGUAAUGCAUUUUGGUGAGAUCGUUUCCCAUAUCUCAGUGAUCUCGGAGAAACAACGGAUGCCACACUAACAUUCCUUCCCAUCACUUUAAAAAAUGACGUAAUAAAACCGAUAUGGAACUUUAGAUUGUUUUUAUUAUUUUCUUAGAAUUUACUAUUCGUUUUUUAACUAUCGAUUAUCUUAUCACUAUUAUAUGUUUUGCAACACUUGUUCCAUACUAACACAGUCUGAUUCGCUUUAUUAACUCGUUACACUGAUUUUCCUUGGAACGAAAGAAACAAGAAGUAAGAGCAGUAAAGCGCAAAUUGGAACAUCAAACAAUUUUAGAAGUGAUAUCGUAGCGAAAAAAAAACUACACACAUAGUAAACACAAGCAUUUUACAAUCGUUGCUACGCACGGAGGUAAUACGAAUUAUCUAAAACAAAAACUCUAGAGAACAAAAUAUAAAUGUGCUAGGAAAAAAGAAACCCUAUAGUAAAACCUAACAAAAAAAACAAAAUUGAUUAUUUACUAUAAUUAAUUACAAUCUAUCUUUCGCAAAUGUAUAACGCAACUAAUCGGGAGCCACUCCCGGUGAGGGUUAUACGUUUGAAAGAAGACAAAGACACACUCAAGAAAUUAACAUAAUUUUAUUACAGGUUAUUUUAAAAAGAAAACGUGACGGUUGAAAAAACCUGCGAAAUAAAAAAAAGGGAGAAACAUAUAAACUAGAGCAGAACGCGUGUGUGCGCGGAAUGAGUACCGAACCGACCGAUGAGGACGAGUCUAGAGAAAAUAACCUUACAGAGUUAGAACACCUAGGAGCUAAGGAUGAAAACCGUACUUUUUCAGGAAAACUAAGUGUAUCUAUUUAUUAACGAUUUAAUAAGAAACGAGUUAUCAUAUAACAGAAAAAAGAAGAAACGCAGAUACUCUUAACUUAUAGCGAGUAAGUGAAACCAAACAGAACCCAAAGUAACACAAAACAAAACAAAAAAAAACUCUAAAACACCAAAAAGCGUUGAUCAAAGAAAGACUUUAGUAGCGAGAAGCUGUGCGAGGAAUGCUGGAAAACUAGCUGCAUGGUCAUUCAUUCGGGUGCGAACAAUCAAAACACAUGAGGAACGGGAGGCGAAGUUGGGGGGCGAUAGGAUGGGACAGGAACGAAGUUUUUCUUCGAGUAAAACCCUUAUGGUGUUUCCAGAGGAAAAAUAUAGCUCAUUUACUGUGAAAAUCAAAUUUGACAAGUACGUAUAUUGUAUGAAUUAGAAUAUAACGGUUCAACAAUUUGGCCAUCUCGACGGGAGAUGGCCCUCUCUAAGAGGGUAGGGCGUGCCGUGGUUGGUGCUCCGGGCGGGAGCACCGGGCUGUGGUUCGGAUCUUCUCUGGUUUACAGUUAGGACGAUUUUUUUUUUUUCUAGUGGGUAAGAUAUUUCUAGGAUUAUGAUAAGGUGUAAAUUUUCGACAUUUCCCUUCGCCGAACUUUUUCCGUUUCGUUCUCCAAGCGGUUGUCUUGCUAUGCCGCCUUUCAACAACACUGACGUUAUGGGAAACAUCAUCCUAAAAGUAUUACUCUUUCUAAGACUCUCUCGAAGAUUUUUUGUUUCAGUUUAUCAUUACAGAUCAUAAGUAAAAAUUAAAGAAUUUAGAUAUAGCAAAAAAACUUAGAUAAACAACCAAAGUGACAAAACCAAACCACUGAUUUGGACUGUAGAUAAAUUAACACAAGAAAAAUGAAUGUUUGAAACCAUCAUAUUAGAAAAAAAAACUAGCUCGUAAGUAUGCCUAAAAAGGAGCAAACAAGUUUGAAAAAGUUUUUAAAAUACAUAAAAGAAAUGAACAGCAAGGAUCAGCAUCCUUAGGGCGCAUGUUAUCACGUAGAUUAAAUCUACACAACGCGAAUCAAAUUAUCCGACUGGACAGAAAAGAGACAGAUGGGCACUCUUACUACAGGAUGCCACGAUUUUUCGAGGGAAAAGGCAUAGCAUCGCGGAUAAGUGGAAAAAGUAAGAAAUGGAAAAACCUUCUAAAAAGCAAUAAAUCGAGAGAUCCAACAAUGUAAAUUCAAAAAUCAACCAUUAAAAGUCGUUAGGUGCAGACACAGAGUGAAACAGGCAGAAGAAUAGAAAUGGUACACAGCCGCGAACUGGAUUGGAUUCGGUGAAGUUUACUGCUGCAGGAACACCAAACAGGGAAUCGGAAGGUUCCCUAUAUAUAGCGAUGAUGCUGAGUUGUUGCUAGAGUCAGAAUAACGGUGGGUACCGAAGAAAGCUUUGAAGAAAGAGCAGUGAGUCGUGUUUAUUGGUGCAUGUUUUGAAACUUCUUCUGAUAUCCGACUAUUUAUAACCAAGGAAAUUGUCCCUCAGAAAACCCUUUCUCUCAUAGACAUUGGCCAGAUACCUCUCUUCCCCCUAAGAGUCUGCGUAAUUCAUGGACAGGCCCCUAGUAAGUAAACUCCAGGGGAAAACAUGAGGAAACAUGCUCUCAAGAACUCUCAUAGGGAUGAGGAAUUCCUGUAGAGAUUUCUUGUGGAAUUUGCUUGGAAGUCUAUCCAGAAUCAAUUCCGAAAUUCCUUGGAGGAUUUCUCUCCACAUUUUAUCCAAAAUUCUUGCUUGAAUUCUUGCCUUGGUUCCUCUUUGGAGUUCCACCGUUUUUUUUUUCUUUUUACUCAAAAUUUCUGAGAGUUGUUUAGCGAAAGAUUUUACUAGAGUUCCUCCUUGGAUUUCUACGAGAGUUUUUCACAGGAUGCCUGCAGCAGUUCCUCCGGGGAUUUCUUCCAAACGUUUUUCCGAUAUGCUCCCAGAGUUUCUCGCUGGAUUCCCUUCGGAGAUCCUACCAAAACUUAUCCAAAGUUUCUUCUGGAGUUUCUGCUAAUGGAUGACUUUCCAACAGUUUUUCCCGGCGCAUUUCAUGGGAAUUUUAAAGAAGUUCUUCCACGGGUUUCUUUCAGUUUUCUGGGAUUUGCGAACUGCUGAGGUUCGGACAUUACAGCAACCGACGCAUAUAGAGUCCAGAGUUGAGUUUUUCAAUUUACGCCUGCAAAAAGUUCCUCCAUAUUCAAGAGGUUAUGGCCCCAGAACGCUUCCACUGCGGGCCCUCAUCGAGAAAGUACGUACUAUCUAUGCUGCUCGAGUCUCAUGCUGUGUUUUCGGACAUGUUUUUGAUUAACUGAAGCCCAAGCAAAGUUACACCUGCUGAGCUAUGGUAAGACAAGUUUGAAGAAGGCGCGUGUUUUACGCGCCAAAUAGCUACCGGCUGUCGUGGUACAAGGACGAAAAGACAAUCGUGAUUGCUCGUGACGUUAAGUUAGAAGACAACUUUUCCGUUGGUGAACGAUGCAAGAAGUCUGAAGACUGGUGGUACCUCUGAUCUACGUGCAAGAGGCGGAUGAACAAACCUUUCGAAAUCAAAAGGAAGGUGUCCAAUCUGACGUUGAGUCUGUUCCGGUAGAGCCGUUCGGCAAUGAAGAUGAAGUUCUAACCGAUGAUGCUACCGACGAAGGAGAUGUAGCUGAACAGCCAUGCAGCAAUCACGCUAUCAGAUCUGAACUUGUAUUCCGGCCCUAGGGACCGAUUUCCUGGUCCUUGAUUAUCUUACUGAAUUUAGAGCAAGUACUGUUUGGCCCUGACUGCCCUUCAGACAUUCUUGAGACGUACGAUGAAAUUAGUACCCGUGAUGACCGUGACCUCUGGAACCAGGCGGUACAGGAGGAGCUCUUUUCUAUGAGGACCAUUGAUGUGCACUCUUAGAAAAAAUCAUGUAAAUUUAAGUCCACUUGGAUGCACAUAAAAGGAGCGACUCGUUUGACACAAAUUUACGUCUUCUAUCACAAAUAAAGUCGAGCUAGCAAUCGCUAGAGCCGAAGCGAGAGAUAAAACAUAUGUAAGUAAAAUAAUGGACUGGAUUCGAACUCUGGUCCGCUGAUUGAGAGGCACUUACUUUACCUCUCGGCUGUAUCACCGAGCUGUGGGACAAACGAUAAAUGUAAAGCUGUUUCUACCUAUCUGGUCAGAUAGGUUUGUUGACAUCUUGUGCAACCAACUCGAACUUACAUGAUGGAUGUAAAAUUGAGUCAAAUUUUCCAUUCAGUCAUGAAAUGUUUACGUACGUUGAUGGUUUACGUCACGUGUAAAUUCCUAAUUUUUUAAGAGUGUGUGGAAGCUGAUGGCGUGUGGCGUGUCCCGCCAACGUGAAGCUUCUUAAAACGAAAUGGGUCUUCUGGCUCAAAGAGGAUCGGUCUGCAUAAGGCGCGACUGGUGGAUAAAGGUUUUCUGCAGCGUACUGGAAUCGACUUCAAGGAUACGUUCACACCAGUAGCCAAGCUGUCUGCCGUGCGCGUGAUGCUGAGUGUUAUUUCGUAUGGUUUUCGAGUACAUCAUAUGGACGUUAAGACUGCAUUCCUCCGCACAGUGCCGAAGAAAGAUUUGUUCAUGGAAGUACCCCAAGUCGUAAGGGCGUAACCAGGCAGCGUGUGUAAGCUACAGAUAUCUCUACACAACCUAAAACAAGCACCACGCUGCUGGAACGAGGUUUAACGCGACUACUGAAACUGGGAUUGCGCAGGUCUAAUCGGGACUACUGUCUCUACGUGUGCAACACUGAUGGGUGAUGAAGUUUACCUGGUGUUCUACGUGGAUGACCUUCUGAUAGCCGGAUGGAACAUUCGAGCAAUUGAGAAACUAUCUUGUUCGUUUUGGAUUGAUGUUUCUCUGUUAUUAUCUUAAUUAGACUUGUAAUUUUAGUUUACGUUUCAACCUACUUUUAUUUUUCGGUCAUCUUCAGAAACUUUCCGCCGCGCCUUUGGGGCGGCUCACUUUAUUCUCUAAAACGCCGCCUUUCCGAUGAGUUCAAUCGAGCUGGCUGACUGCAGCGUAGAGAUUUUUCCUGGGGAUGCGACUCGCUUACAAUCCACAGCAAGUAGACCUGAAAUUAACUCAAAAAACCACUGUUACUAAAAUUCUGGGGAAGUUUAGUAAGGGCGAGUGUAAUCUCACCAAGAACCUGAUGGAAAAAGGACUUCAGCUGUGUCGAGAAGAAUGUCGUACUUCCUAGCCGUAUCGGGAGUUGCUAUGCAGCCUAAUGCAUCAGACGCUCUGCGUUCGCCCGGAUGUGUGCUACCCGGUCAGCUACCUGGGCAGAUUCCAGCAAUCCCCAAAGGAAAACAAUUGCCAGGCAUUGAAACGGGUUGUAAGGUACCUCAGGCAUCGCUACCAUGACACUACAGUUCAAGCGAAAUGGAGACAGCAAACCACUCGUAGGAUUCGAAGACGCCGACUGGGCAUCUGAUGUGGAAGACCACAAGUCGGUAACGGGUUCCCUAUACAAGGUUUAUGGCUCAACAGUGUCCUGAGCAAGUCGGAGGCAACCUAUAGUCUCCAUGUCUUCAAGCAACACCGAAUAAGUUGCUCUAGGUGCAACCGUAUCCGAAGCCAUUAGGUUAGCUGAAAUUUUGGAAGGUGAAAACUGCAAGAAACCGGCGGAAGAAUGCUAAAUCAAAGCGUACAUAAAACACCAUUUCAUCGAGGACCAUGUGAUUGCUGGGACCACCAGGGUGUGAGACCGCCAUUUUUAAGAAUCCAACAUCUUGUAUGUAAACAUUUGUGUAUCCACAAAGGAUUCCAUUGUGGAUACACGAUAGAUGUUGGCUCCUGUCAGAUGCAUUAGAUGGGAUUAGGGUUGCCAUAUACGUGGCUGGGACCAUAAAGUUCGAACCGAUCAGUACUAAAGAAAAACAGGCAGAUCUUUUCACGAAGGCGUCAGACGAUUCCAGUCCCUCAGCAGCAAGAUCGGGGUCAUUGAUUGCGAGGCGAUUUCUUCCAAAAUUUAUCUCGAGAUUUCUCCAGCAGGUCUUUGCGGUUCGAUCGUAAACAAGAAGGAGGGUGAAAAACUAUUAGAAACAUCCCAAGAACAAUACCGGCAGGAAUCUUCUGAAAACAAGUCUCGAGAGAAUCUCCCAGAGGAAUCUCAAGUGGAACGUCAAGAGAAAACAACCCACACGAGACUUUAAGAAACAACCCAGGAGAAACUGUUGAAGAAUUUCCGGGAGAAACUCAAGAAAUUUCGAAAGAAACCCCGGGAAGAAUUCCUGCAGAAAAAAAAUCUUGGAAAAAUCCUUGAAGGAGUUCUAGUUUAAAUUCCAGUAAUAGCUGUCGUAGAAACUCUGGGAUAAAUCCCGGGAAGAUCUCUUGAAAACAAUCCAGAAGGAAGGAAUCAGGGAAAGUCAUUCAAGAGGAAUCCCGACAGAAAUCCUAGGAGAACUACAGCAACAACAUCUGAGAAAUAUCAUAGAAAAACCUCAGGAGAAAUUAGUUGUAGUUCCGGAAUCCUAGAAAAAUCUCAAGGAGGAAUCUUGAAAACAAUUGUUUAAAUCUAGGGAAAAUGCUAAUAGGAAUCAGGCAGAAUACUCGAGAGGAAUUCAAGACGGAAUACUAAGAAAAAUGUCGUGAAAAAUACGGAAGAGAGGAGGAUUCUGAGAAACCCUGAAUGAAAUCCAUUCCAAGAGGUAUUUCUGAAAAAGUUCCAGAAAGAAACCCUGAUGCAGUUUCUGAAAAAAUCCUUUUGGAUGAAUUUCUAGAAAACCCUUGUGGAUGUAUUUCUGGUUGAUUUUAACUUCCAGAUUCAUACACGUUCACAUGAAGUUUGCAGCAUCUUAUCAUAGUCGUUGGCUUUCCGGAAAUAUCCAGAUUCAUUCUUGAUUCCGCUAGAUUUUCGCAUAAUCCGGAAGAUUCUUCGACGUCUUCAUCGAACCAUACGUUUCCACAACAAAAAUGGACUAUUGUGUGUAAGAUUCUCAGAGGAAACAUUUGAGAGAGAUCUGAAAGAACUUCUGUCAAAAUUUUUGAUUUAACUAUUGAACUCUUGAAGAUAAGACACACUAACUGAACUCUACAGAAGUUCGGAAGACAACCACCAAUACUAUUACAGUAACAGAAUCGUUCUAAACUUUUUUAAGCAACAAAGUUGCUUAAAUUCAAAUAAUACAGUAUGAAGUGUUGAGGGAAGUUCUUUGAAAAAGAAUAAACAUAGAAUAUUUCGACUAUUCAGUUCAGACUAGCACCAAUUUGCAUGACUCACUACAACUAUAUAGGCAAUAGGUUUGCAGGAACAGCACAAACGUUGGAUCAAACAUUAAAAAAGUGCCAUCUAAAAAUAACUAAAAUAUUUGAACUCUCCAAUUCAUCGUCUUUCUUUCAAUCUGAACAAAUUCACCUAAAUAAGAAGAUCUCCAAUUCAUACACCGUUGUGGUGAGGCUCGAUAGUUUUCAGGAAAUUUCUUGGCCGAUACAAUCUAGCGAUUUUGUUUUUGAAUUUUCAAAUAGUGUCAUUUUAUUUUCACAUUUUUAUCGAAUUACAUGUGAACAAUACCUAAUUAUUUCUUUUACAAGUUGGUUUACUGUAUAGUUGUGUUACUCAAUCACAGCCUCACCACAUUUUCAACGUACUUUUGGCUACUCAAUACAAAACCGAAAAGUUCAACUGGAAUCGUACGAAUGAAUAGCAACCAACAUAGAAAGAGAAGGUUUUUUAUCACUGCCGUCAAAUUUAAAUUUAAAGAUUAGAGAAACUGAACGAAACCAAAAUCCAUAAACAACCACAAUUCAAUUUUCCAUUCGUAGCUUGAUUGUAAUUAUCCAUUUCCAAGCUUAUUCAACAGUAAGGUACUUGGAACCGUUUGCAGACAGCAGCAUUUUAUAGUUCAUAACUAUCCACAGUAGCAUCAAAGUUGUACAUUGAAAACGUUGAGAUGCAAACUGAAAACAAACAUCCAUCACAAUCAAAAUUCCCAGCACAAGUUCUCCGCAGAGGAAAUUAUAACCUGCACAUGUAAAACAGAAUUUAAAACAGUUUUCCCAAUCAUUAUUAAAACAAAAAACACGUUCCCAUUCCAGCCAUCAUUCUUUGCAAAUUGAUACAGUACAUAACACUCAUUCGAACAGCAACCAAACUCUAAUGGUAAAGAAUAAUAACAAUUAAUACCCAUUUUUAUCUGGAUGUUAGCAAUACAACUACAGCAAACUUCUACAAAGAGAAAAGUAACAUAAACACACAAAAGUAACCAGUAGCCGAAUUCAUAUAAUCAUUUUAAAAGUAUAAUGAUCGACCGUUGCCAAACAAAGGAAAAUGAAAAUACAAAUCUUGAAACUAUCUAAAGAUCUCACACUUGGUAGCGACAAGUUAGACAACAACAGGAUUAACAAUUAGACAACCACACGCAAAAAUGGACACCUCGUGGUCGCUCGCAAUCAAAACAGAAAAAAUUCGCAAAGAAAGCGUGUGCAUUUUGCCCUCCUCUCCCAACAUUCCACACACACACACACAAGAAAAAACUCAAACAUCUUUCUCCGAUUACGACGAUACUGGUGGGAAAUUACUCAAUCGGUAGUUUUUAUAACAUUAUUCAACUGAGAUUUAAACAAACAAAGCUGUGCUGUCGAACGUACCGAUGAUACGCUUCACUUAUGUGAAAUUCACACUGAACCUGACUAUAGCAAAAAAACCAAAACACAAGAAGACACUCAUACACAGUAAAAACGUACGAAACUUUUCAAAGGAAACACACUCAAACCAACACACAACUACACGAAUGCCUAUAUUUUUGAGACGUAUGAAACGGUACGUGGAAGAUAAAACAACGUAUUAUUAACUUUAUACAUACAUCUGUUGUUGUUGAUAGCAUUAUUUGAGGAUUUAUUGUAGAUUUUAUUUUUUUACAAACAAAAACUGAAGAAAGACGUCUAUCAAUUUGUUAAAGUGAGUACUUUUAUUGUGAGUGAAAUAAAUAAAGGUUUAAACGUGUAUUGAUAUGAUUAUUAGCAAAAGUCAUUGUAGAGCAGGACGCAGACCUCUCGUACAUUCUAUCUCCGUAAGGUUAAGUGACAAAGUCAUCUUUGUAGUGUGGAACACUGACUUGAAAAGUUUAUCUUAUUUCCAGCGAAACGAAACAAGGCUAACGUUGAACGAACGUUCGAAUCCAGACAACAACAAAAAAAAAACAACACUAACAUACAGCCUAUACGUGAAACCAGAGAACACAAUAGUUACAGAAAACGAAAGUAUACCAGAUGCAAACUUAAACAAGAAAAUUUGAAACCACCAUUCUACAAUUAAUCGAUAAUAAUUACCGAACAAUAGACACAUACAAGCUAUAGCAAAUACCAACCAAAACCAAAUCUGAAAAAAAGUAAAACGCGUUCGAAAACUAAAACCGAGUGAUCAAGGAAAGUAGUGGAAAAUCUAAAAUCGAUAAGCAAAGCAACACAAACAAAAGUAACAAAACAAUUUAUCAGAACUAAAUGGAUGUUAGGCAGUCUUCGAAUAGUAUAGCACACAAAACAAAAAAAAACAGUAUGAACAAAACAAAAAACAAAACUAAGCGCUAAAACCAGUUAUAGAGUUUAAUAGAAAAAAAACGCAAAACUGAUUACAAAUAACAAACAGUAACAGAGUAACAACUAAGACAAUUGGACAAGGAAUGAACAACCUGGUUUAGAGAAAUGAAAUAAAUACCCGACACUUCAGAGUGACAGAGCAAGUAAAAGGAGGAUACUAUAAAAUGAGGACAGCCAUGGAGGUAAUUCGAAAAUAAAUGAUAAGAGAAAUAGGAAAAUAAAUUGGAAUUCAAAACAA